AUGUCUCAAAACCAACAAGUCGCCUUGAUAAUAGGCGCAUCACGGGGAAUCGGGCGUCAAAUCGCCGUCGACCUAGCAAAGUACGGCUAUUCUGUAAUGCUAUCUGCGAAAACAACAUCAGACGCAUCAAAAGUGACCCCAUUCCCACCCGACCCAAACUCAUCACAGUCCACCAUCAACACCGUAGAACGCGAAAUCCGUGAAGCGGGUGGACGCGCAGCAACGGUCGCCGUUGACGUGCGCGACGCAGCGCAGAUCCAGCAUGCCGUCGAGGAGACAGUGCGGGUCUUCGGGAAGCUCGAUGUGCUCGUGUACAACUCCGGUGCGAUCUGGUGGUCUUCUGUUGAGAAUACGCCUCUCAAGCGGUUCAAGCUUAUGCAGCAGGUGAACCCCGAGGGACUUUAUGCGACUGUUCAGGCUGCUUUGCCUUUCUUUGAAAAAGCAGGCUGGAAAGGUCGCAUUGUUGUUGUUUCGCCGCCUAUUUAUUCCAGGUUCUUUAGGGGGAAGACUGCUUAUGCGAUGGGUGAGUUUGUGUCUGAUCCGUGGGGGUUGGAGGCCGGGGUUGGCAAAGUUGGAAUGAGUGUCUUGGUUAAAGGCCUGGCUAUGGACUUUGUGCGUCAAGGCCGAAAUGAAAUGGCGGUGACAAGUAUUUGGCCUGCAUCGUCGAUUGAGUCAGCAGCUACAGAGCACAAUAAGGGAUCCGAUGCAUCCUACAAAAAGGAUAUGAGAAAGCCGACAAUAUUCUCAGACGCUGUUCUUGCUAUGCUUCGUGCCCCACACAAAGUAGUGAACGGCCUGCUGGAUACAGAUGAGGACUUCCUCCGGAAGAAAUGUGGAGUGUCUGACUUUUCCAAAUACUCUGUAAUCCCAGGAUCGACGCCGAGGCGGAUUAUGCCCGACAACUUCCCAGUACUGGAGGUUGCGGAGCAAGACGAUGAAGGGAAGCGAAUGGAUAGCACGACGGUACGGGCAAAGAUGUAA